UGCCCGGAAAUGUCACGACACAUGCUCGCUCAAAUCACGAUCGGGAUUCGAGAAGGGGAUUUGAGUUUCAAGAUUUAGUUUAUUCCCAAACCUCACCGGAUUCUUUCACAAUAGUUGUCAUUAAGUCUGCGAAAUUGUACUUGAAACUAUGGAUUUCCUGAAAAGUGGAUGGUUUAGUGAAUUGAGCCCCAUGUGGCCUGGUCAAUGUAUUUCUUUGGAAGUAGAUGAAGUUCUUCAUCGAGAAAAAUCUGAAUUUCAAGACAUCCUUGUCCUUAAAUCAAAAACCUAUGGCACUGUACUCAUUUUAGAUGGUGUCAUUCAAUGUACUGAACUAGAUGAAUUCUCAUAUCAAGAGAUGAUUUCUUUUUUGCCUAUAACCUGCCAUCCCAAUCCCCAAAAGGUAUUGAUUGUGGGUGGUGGUGAUGGAGGGGUUGCACGUGAAUUAGUUAAACACCCUCUCGUACAAUCUGUAGUACAAUGUGAGAUAGAUGAAAGGGUUGUUGAAGUUUCAAAGAAGUUUCUUCCAUUUAUGGCAAAAGGAUUUGAUGAUCCCAAGGUCAAACUUCACAUAGGAGAUGGGUUUGAGUUCAUUAAAAAUCAUCCUGCUGAAUUUGAUGUUAUCAUCACAGAUUCGUCAGAUCCGAUUGGGCCAGCUGCAUCUUUGUUUCAAGAAAGUUAUUUUAAACUUUUGUGCCAAGCCCUGAAGCCAGGAGGAAUUGUCUGCUCUCAAGGAGAAAAUGCAUGGUUCCACAGUCAUCUGAUUUCUCCACUGUUAAAAAGUUGCACUGAAUUAUUUCCUGUUGUGGAUUAUGCAUAUACUUGUAUACCAACAUACCCUGGAGGUCAAAUUGGAUUCAUCCUAUGCAGCACAAAUCCUGCGACACAAUUUCGGAAUCCUAUACACCAAUUGUCUGAAACCGAGUGUGAGAAAAUGCAACUACGGUAUUAUUCUUCAGAAAUGCAUUCAGCAGCUUUUGUUGUACCUCGUUUCGCUCGAAAAACCCUCAUCGAUUCGCCUAAAUCCGACGAGAAAGAAACGCUUUAAAUUAAUUCCGCGAUAAUUCGAAUAGUAGUUAAAAGGGUCUAAAUUUACUGAAAAAUUCUGGGGAACUAGGUUUAUACUUAAAUUGGCAAAAGCAACGUUUCCAAAGCAGUUCGUAGUCCGUACAUUCUGUAAAAAAGUUGCUAAGCUCCCUUCUCAUGUAAACCAAUUUAUUCAUUUUGUGGUAAAAUUCUGCUUGGACACCAAAAUAAGAAUAUCUAACAAGGUU